UUUCCAUACGAACAUUACUUUAAAAUCGUUUCAAAAUCGUAUCACAUGCUAUGCUAAUUAAAAAAUGAAAGACGAUCCCUUAAAAGAAUAAUCUGUUCUGCUGAAUGUCAGUUGGUAUAAAAAACUUAUAGAAUGUUCAAAGUGAGAUUCACACAUAUAUUUCUUUGUUCGCUUUUCAAAAGAAACUGUGUUUGAAGUUUGCCGACCAAAAGAAAUAAAUCAUUUUUUAUCCUACUCCCAAUCAACAUUUUUGAAAAAUAAAUUCAGAAGUUGGUAGAGAAUAUCAAACUCCAUAUAUUUUUAAAAAAAAAAUUUUUUUGUAAAAAAUUAUAUUUAUACCAUUGCAGUAUCCUUAAAUUGAUUAAAUAUUUUUGUAUGCAUACACAAUACAAUAUAUAUAAAGAACAAUCUGAAUUUAAUUUAUCGUAACAUCGGGCAUGAGCAACAACGAAGAAGAAAUAAUUUUGUGCUCCUUAAUCUUUUCAAGCAGUUUCAUUCUUUCACAUAAAAAAGUGGAAAAAGAAACUGUAGGGUUAAAAGAUUGACUCCAUCACAGAAAUGAAAGGGGAGCAUAUAAUACAAUUCCUUGCCUUGCGGCUUGAUACAAUCUAAACGUACUUGUUGAUAAAAAAUUAUCUGACAUAAUAGUCACGUUUCUCAUCACUACUUAAUCUCUUUUACGUGCAUAUUUGAAAUGAAUAAAAUGCUGAGUGUGAGUUUCGAAAAAAGUGAGCAGUUGGCAGUUUCCUUUGAAAUAAUAUUGUUCUAAUGAAAAAUUGAUUUGUGUUUUACGUCAUUUUGUAUUAUCGUUCUAUUACUUUUUAAUGAUACAUACGCAACAAUUUUGAAUCAAUAUUAGUUCAAUUAAUUAUUUUGAAUAUUGAUCUGCAAAAUUAUUCUGUCUAUUCAGACCUUUAAAUUUAAAUGUUUAAACAAGGGCUAGAACAUUCAGUUACAAUGACUUUAAAAUCACAAGUGUUCAUUUUUGUUCUACAGUUGGGAUGAAACACAUUUUGGGAAAUUUGCUAAUCAUUAUCUCAAUGGAACCUUUUUCUUUGAUGUUCAUCCACCACUUGGAAAGAUGCUUCUUGCACUUGCUGGCUGGGCAACUGGUUAUGAUGGAUCCUUUCCGUUUGACAAACCUGGCGACAGUUAUGGUGAACAAAAAUAUGUUGGAAUGAGAAUGUUCUGCGCUUUACUUGGUGCAUUCUGCAUUCCACUAGCAUAUUUGAUAGUGUGGGAGCUGACACAUUCCUUACCAGCUUGCAUACUAGCUGCUUCUUUAAUUCUUUUUGAUCAUGGUUGUAUCACCAUAUCACAGUAUAUCUUAUUGGAUCCAAUUCUCAUGUUUUUUAUGAUGAUGUCUGUUUUCAGUUUAAUUAAAUUUUAUAGUUGGAGAGAUUGCCCAUUUAGUUUUGACUGGUGGGGCUGGAUGUUUUGCACAGGCUACUUUUUAGCUUGUACAUUCAGUGUCAAAUGGGUUGGUCUUUUUGUGAUAUUGUUUGCUGGAGUUACAACAAUACAAGAUUUGUGGAUUUUGCUUGGUGAUUUGUCAUUAUCAAUUUUGGAAAUAUUCAAGCACUUCGUUGCGCGUGUGAUUGGUUUGAUCAUAACACCCAUCUCUGUGUACUUAUUCUUCUUUGGACUACAUUUCCAGUCCCUUCCGUACAGUGGUCCUGGAGAUGGAUUUUUCAGUUCAGCAUUACAAUCAACACUACAAGGGAAUCAAUUAUACAAAGCAAGUCUACCUGGAGAGUUAGCGUUUGGUUCGGUGAUCACAUUAAAAAACCAUAAAACAGCAGGAGCGCUCUUACACUCCCAUCAGCAUUUAUAUCCAAAAGAACACCCUCCUGAGCAACAGCAGAUCACUGGUUAUUCGCACAAAGACACGAACAAUGAUUGGGUCGUUCACAAACCUUACACAACAUAUAAUGAUUCCGAACAACUGGAGUACGUCUAUGAUGGCGACACCAUACGUCUAAUGCAUGUGAUGACACGUCGCAACUUGCAUUCACAUCAUGAGAAGGCACCUCUCAGUCAGAAUCUAUUACAAGUUACUGGAUAUGGAGAAAAUGGUUAUGGCGACGCGAAUGAUAUUUGGCGAGUUUCAGUUACAAAACAUCCUGGAAAGAACGGUCGGAUUAACACUGUAAAAACUAUAUUUCGUCUUAUACACGUCAACACGGGCUGUGCCCUACAGGAGACCGAUCAGUUGCUACCGAAAUGGGGCUGGGAGCAAAAAGAAAUGGCUUGUAAUCCUAUACCGUACGCUGGUGGAACAGAAUGGAAUGUCGAGGGGAAUACUCACGCUCAAGUCCCACAAGUCAGCAUCGAAUUACUAGCGCCGUCGUUUUUCGAAAGUGUUUACGAAUCUCAUAUUGUGAUGGCAAAAACUAACAAUGGAUUUAAACCAAAAGAGGGGGAAUUCACGUCACAAGCAUGGCAUUGGCCAAUCAAUUACAGGGGCCAAGUAUUUUCUGGUAAUGAUUAUCGUAUCUAUCUACUUGGCAACCCGAUCUUAUGGUGGCUAGUCCUUGCAACUUUCGGUGUUUAUGUUGUUUUCUUCUUCGUGCAUUCAGUCCGUGAAAAACGUGGCUUUGAGAUUUCUCCACAAUUUAAAGCUGAAUGCAACACUAUGAUUGGCUCAUGUGGAUGGCUUUUGAUUGGAUGGGCACUUCAUUACCUACCGUUCUACACUAUGGGACGUGUGUUGUACUUUCAUCAUUACUUCCCAGCCUAUCUCUUCAGUGCGAUGUUUUCAGGUAUUCUUCUUGAACACGUGUGUCGUACGAUAUCUUUAAUAUUUACCGACGAGACAAGGCGACAGUACGCCUACAACGCCGGUGUAACAUUCAUUGUGGCAGCUUCUGUUACGAGCUUCUAUGCUUUUCGCGGUUUAUCUUAUGGAAUGUCUGGACCAAUGGGAAAUCAAAUAAAUCCUACACAGGCCGCAUACAGAUGGCUGGACACGUGGGAUAUCUAACUCGUGUUCUCCAUACCUCGCGUAAUAAUAUACCCGUUGGAUCAGCGAGACAAGAGACGGAGAACUUGUUUAGAUGGCCAAAGAAAGACAAACGUUUCGUAUUCUGUUCGUUUUAGCGAAAUUUUUAAUGGAGUUAGGCUUUAUCUAUUUCAAAUGGUUUUAAGAUCGGUAUGGUUUGAUGCCAAAUUUUUUUGAGCCUGUGUACUACAGUACUACUAAAUCUCUACUACUAAAUUUUUUAAAAAGUUUUCUAUGGUUUUAUUUUGUCCAUAUUUUAUUAUUUCAGUGAUAUAUUUUUGCAUUUGGUCACUGUAUAAUAUAAAACGGUAAAAGUGUAUAAUUACAAUAAUUUAAAUAUAUAAAAAAGGCUACAAAUUAAUAUAAUAA